GGAAAACCUCAGUAUGCAUUUGACCGUCGCGGGGAGUAUACGUGUCCCUCUCGGUGGCCUGGCUUUACUCGCAGUCUGGCAUGUUAUAAGGCGCUUGGCGUGGUGUGGCAGCGCUCAGUGACGCAAUGACGCUCCCUGGUGGCUAUAAGUGACAUUAUUAGUAGCGUCGUCCAUUCAGAAAACAUGUUGGUCACGUGUUCCGGCGCCCUCGUGACGUCAUCAGCAGACCGCCGCUGAUUGGCUAACAGAAAACCACAACAACAACAACAACAAGAAAAGAAAAAACCCUAAAAAAUCACCAAAAAAAAAAAAAACCCAGGAAUCAAGAAAAACAACAACAAAAGCAAACAAUGGAAGAUUACUCAACAAAAUUCAACCUACUCAUCACGUUCCUCCUUUCCUUACUCGUGUGGAGGGAAGGAGGGAGAGGAGGAGGAGGAGGAGGGACGAUACAAGGAGUACUGGGCCUUUCCUCCUCCACCUCCACCUCCACAUCCUCCUCCUCCUCCUCCUCCUCCUCCUCCUCCUCGUGUGACGUGUCAGAGUACCCGUGUGACAACGGCGCGUGCGUUCCUAACAGCUUCUUCUGCGACGGACAAGCUCAAUGUUCUGAUUACUCUGACGAGCCCCCGGGGUGUUCAGUGUGUAACAGAACAUACUAUGGCAGCGUGGACCACACUUAUCAGCUGGAAGUCCCUGCUCCGCCUGCGUCACGAGCGGGGCCCCCAGCGUCCGCCGGCCACGCCCACCCGUUGCUGCUGCUGGGGGGCACGCCGUCGGAGAGUUUCAAGUGCGUGCUAACCCUCUCAGCCCUAGGGGGAAACCACGGGGAGAUGCUUCAAGUUACCUUCUCUGAAUUUCACGUCGGGCAUUUCAACGUGGCUUCUGCUGCUGAGGGCGGCGACAUGGGCAGCGUGGGAGGAGGCAUAGCAAACAUGGCAGGAAUGGCGGGAGGGAAGCCAGGAGGAGGAGGUAAAGGUGGAGGUGGAGUGGUGGAGGGUGUGCGGCACGUAGGAGGCUGUGAGGGGGACCACGUGACCAUCGAGGAGCCUAAGCUGGUGGAGCGCGGCGGGCGUUGGUGUGGGGAGGGCAGCGGCCUCAACGUGUACUUCAGCGAGACAGACAGCGUGGUGGUGACGCUGCAUGCCGCGGCCACCACGCAGGGAGAGUACUUCGACAACCCCCUCAGGUUCAAGAUUAAGUACAAGUUUCUGCCGCGGGCGCGCGCCGAGGUGCGGUACGGGCGUGGCGGCGGCAAGUACCGCGGGGACGAGGUGCGGAACAGCGUGUGCAGCCGCGUGUUCCAGGGCUGCCGCGCCCGCCGCUGCCGCCUGCAGUCCCCGAACUACCCCGGUCUGUACCCGCGCAACGUGACCUGCUACUACCUGGUGAAGGCACUGCCGCCCCCCGCGCCGGACCUGCUGCCCCUGGUGACCCUCAGCCAGCCCAACGACCGCCUGGUGCACGUGGGGCGCCAGGGGCUGGGCGGCAGGGUGUCGCCCGAGGCACGCCUGCGGCAGGACGGGGAGUGUCGCGCACCGGAGGACUUCCUGCUGGUGUACGACGGCGGCUCCAUGAAGGCGCCGCUGCUGGCGCGCCUGUGCGGCACUGCCUCGCUGCCCAACAUCACAUCCAGUGGACCGGAGAUGCUGGUGGUGUUCCAGGCCGCCACCUCCGGCAGGAUGAACCACCUGCCCAACCUGGUGGCGGGCUUCGAGCUGCAGGCGCACGUGAUGUACAUGCGCGAGGCCGCGGGGCGCGUCGCCAACUCGGUGUGUGACUACGUGCUGCAAAGCGGGGGCGGCUCACGCGGUGUGGUGAGCAGCCCCGUGUUCGCGCUGCCCGCCAACUCCUCCUGCGCCUACCACUUCGAGGGGCGCCGCGAUGAGGUGGUGUGGCUGUACUUCACAAAGUACCACCGCGCCCCCGCCACCAGCAACAGGCCCAGCCACUCGCCCUGCCUCAACCGCCUGGCCAUCUACGACGGCGGCCCCAACGCGGACGGCGCCGCGCACCUCAUGGGCGACUUUUGCGACGACCAGCUGCCGCCCACCUGUGUGCGGGCACGCCAGCGCGGCCUGGUGAGCCAGCCGUGUGGAGACGACGAGAGCUUCCUGUCCUCCGGGCCGUCCAUGCUGGUGACGCAAAGCUUCACGGACAGCACGGCGCUGCUGCCGCUGCGCUACGUCAUCCACUACGAGUUCGUGAGUGCGGGCGAGGCGGGGCGCCAGGCAGGCACCGACUGCGAUCACACCUUCAGCAGCGACCGCCGCCGCAACGGCCACUUCCGUUCGCCGCAAAACGUGUUCCUGUACGGGCGCGGCGGUAAGGCGUCGCUGUCGUGCCGCUACUCCUUCACGCAGCGGCCUGACGAGGUGGUGACGGUGCGCGUGACCAGCCUGGGCUUCCGCGGCAACCUGUGCAAGACAGUGCACAACUCGCAGUCUGAACUGUUCGAGUGCAUCGCGCGCCUGCCGGGCUCCGCGGUGCUGGAGGCAUGGGAGGAGCCCUGGCCCCUCACGCGCCUGCCACUGGGAUGCCUCUGCGACGCCUCCGCCGCGCCAGCCACCUUCCGCAGCCACGCGCCACGCGUGCAGCUCAGGUUCGCCAUCAAGGACAUGAGCUGGGCGCAAGACUUCAGCGACUUCUUCUUUGAGGCGGAGUACGAGUUUGAGUCCGUGGCGGCGUGCGGGGGCGCGCACGUGCUGAACGGCUCCACGGGCGCCAUCGAGGUCGGGGACAGCGACGCGGCGUGCCACCAGCUGCCGUGGAAGAUCGUGGCGCGCGAGGCGAGCCACCUGUACCUGCACGUGCCGGGCUACCACGCCGCUAGCCAGCGCUGCGUCACGCACAACAGGGUGGUGGUGUACGGCAGCCAGACGGUGCGCCCCAUCAAAGCCGUAUGCCCCGAUGCCUCCGCCACGCACGGUGUGCACGUCUUCUCCUCGGGCUGGACGGCCGUGCUGGAUUACGGCGAGCCGCGCCCUGACUCCCUCAUCAUCCGCUACCUGGCGCGCGAGCCCGCCACCUACCGCCUCACGUGGCUGGAGGUGCGGCGCGAACCGCGCCCCUCGGCGCUGGAGUCCCACAAGGGCGGGCAUGGGCGUGGGCGUCAAGCCUCCGCUGCCUCGUGUCCACACCUGUGCCCGCAGAUCGACGCGUGCAUCAGCAGCGACCUGUGGUGUGACGGCGCGCGUCAUUGCCCCUCCGGCGCUGACGAGACCAGCUCCACCUGCCUCUACCUCAGCGUGCCCUGGCUGUACGUGGGCGUGGCCAGCGCAGGCCUGGGCGUGGUGCUGGUAGCGCUGAUCGCGGCGCUGGUCAGCGUGCGCGUGUACCGGCGCGGCAAGGUCAAGCGCAAGAAGAAGAAGGAGGCGCAGCGCCUCAUGACCCGCGAGGUCAUCCUGCCUCUCAACUUCCACAAGGACAUUUACUGAACACCACACACCCUCCCCCCUCCCUCCCCCAUCAUACCUCUCGUUUCUUCCCCUCCCCUCCCCUCCCCUCCCCACCACCUCCCCCUCGUCAGGAGUGGCCGGAUUGUCCGGGCCAAUUUUUAUACAGUUUUGUACAGGUCGUGCACGCGGGUGUUACCUGUGUACGUGUGUACGUGUGUGUGUGUAUGUGUGUGUGUGUGUGUGUGUGUGUGUGUGUGUGUGUGUGUGUGUGUGUGUGUGUGUGUUUCUGUCUGUCUACCUGAUAUCAUUGCCUUGCCUUAACACGCCUCCCCCCUAAUCCAGCCGCCCCUCCCCCCUCAAGGCGCCGCUGCGGUCGUGACACUGUGCCACAUCCCAUCCUCACCCUUCUCCUCCACCGCCCCUCCCUCACCCACACCCUCCCCCUUAACACCCCCUCCCUCACCCACACCUGAAACACGACAAGAUCGGUACCCCCCAACACCACCACCAUCAGUACUACUCCCACUCCUACUCCUCCUCCUCCUACUACUACUACUACUACUACUACUACUACUACUACUACUGCAGCCUAGCGUAUUGACACCAGGAACAAAGCAACACAAAGGAGGACGGCGACACAACACAACACAACACAGUACAGCACAGCACAACGCAACAAUUGAUCCCCAUCGUCGUCGCCUUCGUCAGAUAAAUGAAUCCCCCCUCAGCUCAAAAAAAAAAAAAGCGAAUAAAAAAUCGAGUCUGCAGCAAAAAUAAUAACAAAAAAAAAGGAAAAAAGAAAAAGAAAAAAAAACAUACAGGAAAAGAAUACAAAACAAAGUAACAAAAUUGAGACUAAAAUUUGUUGCUUCAUUCUGUUCCCUUCCUCUCCUCCUCCUCCUCCUCCUCCUCUUCCGUGUCGCACAUGAAAGACAAGCAGAGAAUCACUUUUCCAGUAGCGGGGCGGGAAAAUAAGAGUAGUUUCCCCUCUUUUCGUUUUCUGUUUGUCACUCGUUAGUUUAUUUUUACCCCAUUUUCUUUCGACAUGUGUCUGAUUGCGAUGUUUCAGUCUACCCUGCCGUAAUGAAAACGAGGUGUCAUGGAAAACGAGGAAAUCAUCACGAGAGGGGAAAAUGGGAAAGAAUUAUGUGGCACUUCAAAUAAAAGGGAAAAUAAAAGGAGAGAAAACGGAAGCUGAAAAAAAAAAAAACGAUUAUGUCAUAGAAAACGUGACGCUCAUCGGGAAUCUGCCAUAAGCAGAGACUAUAAUAAAAACACAUUCCUAACAAAAUAGAGGAAGAAAAUACAAAGUGAGAGACAGAUUAAAAAAAAAAGAGGAAAAAAAAGAGAAAACCCGUUGUGCAUUCCAAAACUCUAACACUAACUUUCUUUCUUAUAGGACUAUACAAAACUUUUUUCCCCACGGUAGGCCUAAAUAAAAAUGUUACGAAAAAAAAAGAAUUUAUGGACAGUUGCACAAAUUAGCUCCCUUACCUGAAAGUGUUAUCCCCUGUAGCUUAGAGAGAGAGAGAGAGAGAGAGAGAGAGAGAGAGAGAGAGAGAGAGAGAGAGAGAGAGAGAGAGAG